GCUUGAAUGGAAUAACACCAAGCCGCGCCAGAGAGCCAAGUCGCUGCACCAGGAAGUAAGCGAGGCGGCAUCCAGGAAACGGGGCGGGGGUGGCCGGCAGCCGCCUUCUCGCUGACAAGCCGCAGGGGGCCGCGGUCGUCCCGGCAGGGAGAAGAAUAAGCCAUUUACUGUGAUGAUUGGUAACAUCAAGGAAGAUACAUAAAGGACAUCAUUUACUGUGACAUCUGCUUUCCUGGCAACUUGGAACUAGCUGAGGGUGGAAGAAGUAUUUCUAAAACAUCAGGAUUAAAAUUUGAAAGCAGCACAUUAGUAAAUGGCUCAGCUUCCACCUGGAAUUUAUUUGAUCACAUCAUUUACACGAGAUCAGUGGUACAGGGCUUUUAUAUUUGUCCUGACUUUUAUGCUGUAUGCUAGUUUCCACUUAUCAAGGAAGCCAAUCAGUAUAGUUAAGGGAGAACUUCAUAAGCAUUGUGUUAUUCCACAAGAUACUGAGUUCAUCAACUACAAAAAAUAUGAAGUCCAUAAUCAACCUAUGGAAAAGCCAUGUAAUAAAUCUAGCAGUGAUUGGGAACCAUUUGAUAAGAGCAACUACAAAGAAUUACUGGGAGCACUGGAUUAUUCAUUCUUGUGUGCUUAUGCAAUUGGAAUGUAUCUGAGUGGCAUAAUAGGGGAGCGCUUGCCUAUCCGAUAUUAUCUCACAGGAGGGAUGUUUGCCAGUGGACUCUUCACUGCAAUGUUUGGAUUUGGCUAUUUCUAUAAUAUACAUAACCUGUCAUUCUACAUUGCAGCUCAGAUAGUGAAUGGGUUGGUGCAAACUACUGGCUGGCCAAGUGUGGUUACUUGCAUUGGCAAUUGGUUUGGGAAAGGAAGGAGAGGCUUGAUAAUGGGAUUAUGGAACUCUCACACUUCAGUGGGGAAUAUUUUGGGAUCCUUAAUAGCUGGCUAUUGGGUAUCUACCUGCUGGGGUCUGUCUUUUGUUGUGCCUGGCAUUAUAAUAUCUGUCAUGGGAAUAGUCUGCUACCUGUUUCUUAUUGAACAUCCAAAUGAUAUAAAUUGUACAAGCACGCCAACCAAUAAUUCAAAAAGUUACAUGAAUGGAUCAAAUAGAUUCAAAAUUCAGAAACCAAAAUUAAGCACUAAGGAAACAAGUAAAUCUCAGGAUCCAGAGAUGCAGUGUCUACUAUCAGACAGUGAGAACUGCCUAAAGCCGCUCAGUCAGAGCAAUGGAGUCUGUGAGGGUUAUGAAAAGGGACAGUCUGCUAUAAGCUUCAUUGGGGCUUUACGAAUACCUGGGGUUGUAGAAUUCUCUCUGUGCCUGCUAUUUGCCAAACUGGUCAGCUACACUUUUCUUUUCUGGCUUCCACUGUAUAUCACAAAUGUAGAUAACCUUAAUGCUAAAGAAGCAGGGGAUCUCUCUACACUAUUUGAUGUUGGGGGAAUCUUUGGUGGAAUUUUGGCAGGCAUCAUAUCAGACCGACUAAAGAAAAGAGCUUCAACGUGUGGCAUAAUGCUGUUGAUUGCAGCACCCACACUAUAUGUAUUUUCAGCUGUCAGUAAAAUGGGCCUCGAAGCCACUGUAGUCAUGCUGCUCAUCUGUGGAGCUCUUGUAAAUGGUCCUUAUGCACUGAUCACAACAGCUGUCUCAGCUGAUUUGGGUACCCAUAAAAGUCUCAAAGGAAAUGCAAGAGCACUUUCCACAGUUACAGCCAUCAUCGAUGGAACAGGUUCAGUAGGAGCUGCUCUAGGACCUUUGUUAGCUGGUCUCCUCUCUCCCACUGGUUGGAACAAUGUCUUUUACAUGCUGAUGAUAGCAGAUGCCUGUGCCUUACUUUUCUUAUUUCGUCUUAUACGGAAAGAACUUCGCUGUGGAAUGGAUCAGACUCUGUUUAAAGAGCAUUGACUUUCAAACAAGAACAACAGACCUUAUGUGUGAUAAAAUAAUUAUUUUUAAAGACUUUGGCUGUGAGCCAGAUAGCCAGUUUAUUCCCCUGUUAAUGAUGCUGCUGUACUUAAAGGGGUUGAGGGGAUCCCUGUUGCAUAUAUUUCUCUGGAUUGUGGCCUUUGUGAAAAUAUUCUUUUGCAUUUGACUUGAGCAAUGUUUCCUGAACCAAUUUGCACAGUUACCGAAAGGAGACUUAGAAAUUAAUCCUCCCCCCACCCCUUUUUGUUUUGCACAUCCACCAGUAUCUCAGGACAGUGAGUUCUCUCAAAGAAGAGAAAGGAACUACCGGCUAAUUUUAUGCUGGAACUUAGCUAAAGCAAAUGUGCCUUGAUAUUCAUUUGCACAUAAUGUCUAAAGUAAAUAUUGUACUACUUUAUUUUAUUUUUAAUAGAAUGCAAACAGAUUUGAGAAUAAGAAGCUAAGAAAAUUAACUUUGGGUGCUGGCUUACAAUGUGCUAAGAAAAAUUAGCAAAACGUUGAGCUAAGUACCCAUCAUGUCAUGUCUGUUCGCUAUCUGGAAUGACUGUUGUUGAGUAUAAACUGCACAUUAUGUUAUAAGAAAACAGGUUGCCUUAUUAUCUGGCAUUCAUGAUUAACUUUUCACUGUACACAAUCCCCAAGCCAAUAUCCAAUAUACAAGAGACUGGAAUUGAGGAUCAACAGCAGCAAGUACAUAAUUAUGCUGCAAUUAUCCAACCACUUACUUCUGGAGUUAGUCUCAUUGACUUUACUGAACAGAUAAUUUGAGGACAGCUGUCUUGGCAUUUACUGUAUAUUGUAAUGAAACGGUGGCAUCAGCUGUCCCACUGGAUCCUUGGUACUGAUUAGGAAAUACUGGUUUAAAAGAAGGGUCAUGAUGACAUGCAUUUUCUUGUACAUUUUUUUGUUUGGGGCCCAAAUCAUCUUGGUGCGAAGCACAGGAGCUCUCCCAGGGCCUGUGCAAUGACGCCACUCGUGGGAGCACACCUGGGAUCCCUCACCCCCAGCGGGGGACCUGCCAGCCCUACUCAACACUGAAGUAAAUGGUGAAGAUUGGCUGUUGUGGAGCUCUCUGUGUUCAUCAACAUAGCAGAAAAUGUUGUAUUAUGGUUGUUUUUCUCAACUGUGAAGCCUUAGCAUUAGAUUUCAUACCAGUGAAGAAAAUCUAGUGACUGGUUUCAAUCCUUUAUUCUGAAGGCAGCUAAGCAGAGUGCCUUUAUAGCAAAAGGUUCUCGAUGGACAAAUAAUAUUGCUGCUUAAAGCCUUAGUUGUUCAAAUAGUUGUAUUUGACUAUACUAUUGAGUAUUUUCCAUUUAAUGUUCAUCAUUAUACUGAAAAUGUUCUACAGGGUAAGAGACUCAAUUUGAUACAAAAUACAUACAAGAAAAAUAACUUGAAUAUUUACCAAAGGAAAAGACAUAUUUAUAUAUUAUCCUGCAAAAGCACAAAUAGUACAGUUUGUCAUAGUACUCUUUCUUCUUGAUCAUAUUAUAAAAUCCCAUUUCACUAUGAAGCUUGCUUCUGGCUGACAAAUGUACAAUAGAUUUUUUUAUAAAGAAAAUGUACAUUGUAUGAUGUGCAAAGAUAUAUAGUUUCAAUAUUUGUACUAUUAAUGUGUAUUUAUUAAAUUUAGGUAACUGGUUUCUCUGA